AUGUCCCCAGCAUCGGCUGCAACGGCCAGUGAGAGCAGCACCGCUACCGUUCCAGAGGAGGACACAGAAGAGAGCCCCCGCGAGGAGCAGCGGUCCCUGAAGCAGUCCCUCAGUAAGUCCCUGUGCAGGGAUAGCCACUGGAAAUGCCUGCUCCUGUCCCUACUCAUGUACGGCUGCGUGGGGGCCAUGACCUGGUGCCACGUGACCAAGGUGACGCGGCUUUCCUUCGACAGUGCCUACAAGGUCAAGUCAAUGAUGUAUCACGAAAGCCCUUGCUCCAACGGAUACAUCUACAUUCCUGUGGCCUUCAUGGUCAUGCUAUACGUGGUCUACCUGGUGGAGUGCUGGCACUGCCACACCCACAACGCACUGCUGUACAAGGUGGACUUGGAGAGUGUGGGUGAGCGCAUCGGGCGCAUGCAGCAGGCCACACCCUGCAUCUGGUGGAAGGCCAUCAGCUACCAUUACGUGCGGCGCACGCGGCAAGUGACGCGCUACCGUAACGGCGAUGCCUACACCACCACACAAGUGUAUCAUCAGCGUGUCAACACGCACGUGGCCGAGGCAGAGUUUAACUACGGCAACUGCGGCGUGAAGGACAUCUCCAAGCAGCUGCAGGGCCUGGACAGCUUCCCCGUCACCAAGCUGAGGUUCACCAAGUGCUUUAGCUUUGCCAAUGUGGAGUCGGAGAACUCCUACCUAACCCAGCGGGCCCGCUUCUUCACCGAGAACGAGGGCCUGGACGACUACAUGGAGGCCCGCGAGGGCAUGCACCUGAAGAAUGUAGACUUUAAGGAGUAUAUGAUUGCCUUUUCGGACCUGGACCACCUGCCCUGGUACGUGUCCAACUACGUGUUCUGGGCAGCCGCUGCCUUCACCUUCUCCUGGCCGCUGCGUGUGCUGACCGAGUACCGCACAGCCUACCUCCACUACCAUGUGGAGAAGCUGUUCGGCUUCGACUAUGUCCCUGUCACACCGUCCGAGGAGCGACCAUACUGCCACCACAUCCCUAGGGUCAACACCAUCGAUUGCACCGAGCUGGAGUGGCACAUCCGCUCCAACCAGCAACUGGUGCCCAGCUAUUCCGAGGCUGUUCUCAUGGACCUUGCUCAGCUCUCCUCAGGUGGCGACAGCAAUGCCAACACCUACUCGGUGUGCGGCAGCUACCGGCAAAACUGCGAGCGCUGCCCCCGCACCAUCAGCAGCUCAUCCAUCUUCUCGCGCAGUGCUCUGAGCAUCUGCAACGGGACUAGCCCACACAUCCCCUUCAGCGCCAGCCGUUUCUCAUUGUCGCGGCUCUACGGCUCGCGGCGCAGCUGCUUGUGGCAGAGCAGCGGCAGCCUCAACGAGACGUCGUGCCCCACAGAGAGCACGCGCUGCCUGACAUCGUCGGACCAGCCAACUAGUGAGGAGAACCCGCCGGACUACCAGGACGCACUCUACUUCCCCGUGCUCAUUGUGCACCGCAACGAGGGCUGCCUGAACCAUUCACUGCACAUGAACGGAUCCUGCGUGGAGACCACCCUAUGA